AGGGAAAUCUGGCUGUGGCACUGGCACUGGCGUGGCUUUCUCUUGGCGGGUCCCACUCCUACUCAACUCAAGACGAGGGAGAGGGAGAGAGGGUCCCACUCCUACUCAACUCAAGAGGAAGGAGGGAGAUAGAUAGAGAGAGAGAGAGAGAUUCUUGCUUCCCUUCCCCUGAAAUAUAUUCAUAAAUAAAUGAUCCACAGCCCACCCCACAGAGAGAGAGAGAGAGAGAUUCCUUAGGGCAGAGGAGCCUGUUAUUCCCGUUCUUCACUCAUAUGCAUGCAGCAGCAGCAACAACCGGAGAGAGGACAUAAACGACUCUUGCCUUUUAUUUGCCGUUGCGGUUGGGUUUUUAGUAAGAGGCAACCAUGCCAAUUACCUGACCUGCCUAAUCCUAUCCACCCCCAUCUGCUUCGUCUUCUUCUUCUUCUUCUUCUUCUUUACCAAAUCACCAGUUUCUGAUACGCAGACAGGGGAGCAUGCCUGUUUAAUAAUUUACAAAUAUUCUUUUUCAGCCAAGAAAGUAGUUGAUGAUUCUUCUUGGGCUUGUGCUUUCUGCUGCGGCUUUGAACUUUCUAAUUCUGGGUGUCAUAAGCAAUGGCUGCUUUGGGUGUCUAUAGCUCCAGGUGACGUUUUGGACGUUUGGGGUCAGAUAGAUAGAUAGAUUUCCAAUAUCCUUCCUACUUUUAAACCACACUUCUAGUGCCCUUAUUUUCAUAUCCUUCAACUUGGACAUUAGUGUUUCUUCUUGUACUAGUUCUUUUCCGGUUUUUUGAUAGAAUUGUGUGGGGUUUUCUAAUUCUGACCCUGAAUGUUGUUCUUUGUUGGAUUGUUCUUCUUAUGAUAUUUUUAUUAAUCAGACUUAUUCGAGCUUCUUUUAAGCUAUUACCAUCAACUUUCUCUACAAAAUUGUGUGUGGUUUCUUCCCUCUGAAAUGCAUUUCUGAUUGCAGUUUUCAAAGGAUUUUUUGUUGACGAUGUUUGUGCGACUCCAGCUGAUUGUGUUUUCGAAGAUGGGCGAAAGGAAUCCUUCCUGGAAGUUCCUCUUUUUGUUUUUCAUAUUUAGACUUCUUCUGUGUUCCGGGUCAUGACCUUAUGCGUAUUCAAUGAUCCAUAGCUUUUAUGCAGAUGGCGACUUUGGCAUAGUUCAUUAUGGAAGAUGGUGCCUUCACGCCUAAGGCCAUCUUGGAAACAUUUUCCGACAAAACCAUGGAUUUAGAUAUUGUAAACGAACUCUUAUAUGACGGAUACUGGUUAGAGACUACUGAGGGAUCUAAUUUCUGGCAGCCUGAUCUAUCUACUUCGAGUGAUUUAAAUUUCUCUUUGAAUUGCUUUUCUACUUACCAGAGUAACAUGGACCAGUUCACUCCAAACGCACAUCUGAAAAUCCAUCAAGAAGGAACAGAACGAUCGAAUUUUGCCGAUAAUCCACAUGUGACGUAUCCCCAAAAGGAUGAUCUUGUUGGCAGUCAAAUACCAAACCGGGAAGCAAUCCUGCCUCGGCCAUCUUUAGUCCAAUCAGAGGACUUUUUGGUUGAAAACACUGAAACAAACAAAAGAUUGUGGAUCUUGCCGAAUGCGAAAGCAGGUCCAGCAUCCUCUGUGAAGAAGAGAUUAAUGCAGGCAAUAGAAUACCUAAGAGAAUUCACUAGAGAUGGAGAUGCCCUCAUUCAGAUAUGGGUACCUAUAAAAAGAGCAGGCAGGCAUUUCCUCACCACUAACAACCAACCGUUCUCCCUUAGCUCCAACUGCAAGAGCCUUGCAGAUUACAGAGAUGUCUCAAGGAGCUAUAAGUUUGCAGCAGAAGCAAACUCAAAGGACUUUAUGGGGUUGCCUGGACGAGUUUUCAUGAAGAAAUUGCCUGAGUGGACUCCUGACGUUCGAUUCUUCAGAAAAGAAGAGUACCCACGCGUCAGUUAUGCACAGCAAUAUAAUGUUAGUGGUUCCCUUGCACUUCCUGUUUUUGAGCGAGGCAGUGGAACCUGCUUGGGUGUUGUUGAGAUUGUGACUACUGCUCAGACAGUCAAGUACAUCCCGGAACUUGAGAAUGUCCGCAAAGCUCUUGAGGCCGUUGAUCUAAAGAGUUCUGAAGUUUUGAGUCCUCCCACUGUAAAGGGUUGUGAUGAUUCUUAUCAAGGUGUGGUGAUAGAGAUUAAAGAGGUUUUUAAAUAUGUCUGCGACACAUAUAGACUGCCCUUAGCUCAGACAUGGGUGCCGUGCACUCAACAAGGUAGAGCUGGCUGCCGACACUCUAAUGAGAACUACAUUCAUUGUGUUUCCACUGUGGACUCUGCAUGCUAUGUCCUCAACCCAGAUGUUUUGGGUUUUCAUGAGGCAUGCUCUGAGCAUCACCUGCUUAGAGGUGAAGGCGUUGUGGGAGGAGCAUUCAUGACAAACCAACCAUGUUUUGCCUCGGACAUUAGAGGUUUUUCCAAGUCCGAAUAUCCUCUAUCUCAUCAUGCCAUGGUGUUUAAAUUGCGUGCUGCCGUAGCUAUACGCUUUCGAAGCAUCUAUACUGGAUCGGCUGAUUUUGUGUUAGAGUUCUUCCUGCCACCUGACUGCCAAGAUGCUGAAGAGCAGACACAUAUGCUGAGAUCAUUAUCCUCUGUGAUACAAGAGGUAUGUCGGAGCCUACGUGUUGUCACAAACCAGGAGUUAGCAGAAGAAGCAACACAACUGGAGAAAGUGACUGCUGCCCCAUCACUUGGGAGAUUUGAUGGACACUCUCAGAAUUCGGGGUGUGCUCUUUCUAAAGGAACUUCUCACGAAGAUUCAUCCUGGCUUGACAAUAGGACAGAGGCUCAACGAAAGGGAAAAUCUAUUGCUAUAUCCUUGGGGUACCAGAAGGAGCCAGAAGAAGGUUUUGAAGAGACAACCGAUUGGGAUAAUGACAGAUCAGAGUUGCAUCAUGUGUUUUCAAAGCACACACACAUUCAUCAAGAUUCUGGUCCCAGGGGAAGUGCAGAGAGUGGUGGAGGCUUUUCUUCUGUCAGCGGGCUUUGCCCAUCAAGUGAUAGAAAACCGGGUGAGAGAAGACGGACGAAGACUGAGAAGACCAUCGGCUUGGAAGUACUUCGGCAAUACUUCGCUGGGAGCCUGAAAGAUGCUGCAAAGAGUAUUGGUGUGUGCCCAACCACCUUGAAAAGGAUAUGCAGACAACAUGGCAUCACCAGGUGGCCUUCUCGAAAGAUCAAAAAAGUUGGACACUCGUUAAGGAAACUCCAACUCGUAAUUGAUUCCGUGCAAGGUGUUCAGGGGGGCAUUCAACUUACCUCCUUCUACAGUAAUUUCCCAGAACUAAGCUCUCCAACCUUACCUCCUGAAGCGGCUAGCCCGGUCAUCACGUCAAAGAUGAAUGAUCAGUUGAAGCACUUUGAUGCCCAGCCCGAAGGCAGUUUAUUAAGCCCUGUAACCACUACAUCAAAGUCUCCUUCCUCUUCAUGCAGUCUGAGCUCCAGUUCAAGUUUCUGCUGUUCUACAGAAGCAAGGCCCCAACCUGCUGCUUCUUUUGUCCAUGGCCCGAGUGGUGGAGACAUUUCAUUGAAAGAACCGCAGGGCGGGGGACAACUAAAAAGAGCACGUAGUGACCUACAACUGCACGACUCAGGUCAAGAGGAAACAAAGAAUCUCGUGAGAUCACAAAGCCACCAAAUUUUCAGCGAGCUUCCUAGCCCCGAGGCCGUGCCUCCGUUGCCAAGAGUUGGCAGCCCGCGCCAGCAAGUUGUGCGAGAUGGGAGUGCUUUUAAAGUAAAAGCAACUUUUGGAGAGGAGAAGGUCCGGCUCAGCAUACAACAAAAUUGUAGGUUUCAAGAUUUGAGACAAGAGAUUGUGAAGCGAUUCAAUAUAAAUAGUAAGAUAGACCUCAAGUAUUUGGACGAUGAUUCAGAGUGGGUUCUGUUGAGAUGUGACGAGGAUGUUGAGGAGUGCAUAGACAUACACAGGUCAUCCAACAACAGCCGCACAAUUAAGCUGUUGGUGCACCAAGCUUCUGUUAAUCCAAAUCUUGGGAGUUCAUUUGGUACUUAGCAGUGAUCCAUCUUGCUCUUGCCAACAACGUCAUAUAUACAACAUAUAUACCCAUAUAUAUGGUCUGCUUCUUUUGUAGCUGCUGUUGAGGUGAGUGGGGACACUACUAAAUACUUGCACUUGCUUUCUAAAAUCCUUUUUGUUUUUGGUUAGAUCCUCCGUAACUCAUACAAGCUAGCUCCACAGAGAUCUCAAAUCUUAAUUUGGAAUUAGAAACUUGCAUAUUCCAUGGAUCCUAUCCCAUUUUCCUGUGGUACUCCCAACCAUCCACACCGUUUCUGUCAGUGGGUUUGCCAUAGCAGAGAGGUAGCUAGAGCUGGCUUGCUUGGAAGAUUCAUGAAUCAAUCUUCCCACUACUUCCACCGGCCGAAUAAAAAUUAAUCAUGGAUUCAGGUUCAGCUGCAUGGUAAAGCGCCAUGUCAUUGAAGUAAAACGACUCCCCAGUGACCUCCAUCGAUCGUUGAGGUCGAGGCUUUUAUCUUCUACUCUACUACUACCAAGUCCCUGUGAAAAGUUAGUCCAUUUUUCCUCUCAUCUUCCUUUGUUUGAACCUGCUUGUUCAAGUCCAAUGAUAUACAUGUGUACAUGUAUGUUGCUCAGCUUCGUCUGAUGAUGUAUAUGUGCGCACUCGCGCACUGGUCAGUCGAUGUAAUUUAAUCUCACGCUUCUGUUUAUUGCUGAAAUAAUCAAAGCGGAUGUGAGAUAAAAAUUCAGGACCAAGACUUCCCAACUUUA